CAGAUAAGGACCCUGAGCCACAGAACCAAGUCCUUGGGCUGGUUACCUCCACCGUCGAACUGGAACUGUUCUCAGGGGCUCCCCUAUGGAUGGGAGAUGGCGGCAAAUAAAGAUGCCAGAGACUACUACAUCAAUCAUGUGACACAGACAAGCUUUGAAGACCCUCGACUUGAGGGAGGUCAGGUCAUCCCACCAGUCGCUCGGAAGAUCGAGAUGAAGCGAGAUCCUGUGUUGGGGUUUGGGUUUGUGGCAGGGAGCGAGAAGCCAGUCGUGGUGCGCUCCGUCACACCAGGUGGGCCCUCUGAAGGCAAGCUGAUACCAGGAGAUCAAAUAAUAAAGAUAAAUGAUGAACCUGUCAGCACAGCUCCCAGAGAGAGAGUCAUUGACCUUGUCAGGAGCUGCAAAGAAUCGAUUGUCCUGACUGUUGUUCAGCCAUACCCUUCUCCCAAGUCAGCCUUUAUCAGCGCUGCCAAGAAGGCAAGAUUGAAGUCCAAUCCUGUGAAGGUUCGUUUUUCUGAAGAGGUUAUCAUCAAUGGCCAGGUUCCGGACAUGAUCAAAGACAACUCACUGCUGUUCAUGCCGAAUGUACUGAAAGUUUAUCUUGAGAAUGGACAGACUAAAUCUUUCCGAUUUGAUAGUAGUACAACAAUGAAGGAUGUGAUUAUGACCCUUCAAGAGAAGCUGUCCAUCAAAUGCAUUGAGCACUUUUCCCUGAUGCUUGAACAGCGCACCGAAGGGGAUGUGACUAAACUCCUUUUGCUUCAUGACCAAGAGACCCUUACUCAGGUGACACAGAGGCCUGGAUCCCACAAGAUGAAAUGUCUCUUUAGAAUCAGCUUUGUCCCAAAGGAUCCAAUUGACCUUCUACGCAGAGAUGCAGUUGCUUUUGAAUAUUUAUAUGUUCAGAGUUGCAAUGAUGUGGUCCAUGAGAGGUUCGGACCUGAGCUAAAGUACGACAUAGCUCUCCGACUCGCUGCAUUACAGAUGUACGUUGCUACCGUCAGCACCAAGCAUUCCCAGAAAGUCUCUCUGAAAUACAUUGAGAAAGAAUGGGGCCUUGAAACCUUCCUUCCACCCAUGGUUUUACAAAGCAUGAAAGAAAAAAAUGUGAAGAAGGCACUUUCACACAUCUUGAAGGCCAACCAAAAUCUGGUUCCUCCAGGCAAAAAGUUUUCCGCACUACAGGCCAAGGUGCACUACUUAAAGUUUCUCAGCGAUCUGCGCUUAUAUGGAGGAAGAGUGUUCAAAGCAAAGCUCCUGCAAGGGGAGAAACACUCCGAAGUCACUCUGAUGGUGGGACCCCGAUAUGGAAUAAGCCACGUAAUAAACGCAAAGACAAACCUGGUGGCACUUCUGGCUGAUUUCAGCCAUGUUAACAGGAUUGAGAUGUUCUCUGAAGAGGAAAAUAACGUGAGAGUUGAAUUGAAUGUGCUGGAUGUCAAGCCCAUCAUUCUACUAAUGGAGUCAACGGAUGCAAUGAACCUUGCCUGUUUAACAGCUGGGUAUUACAGGUUACUGGUGGACUCACGUCGCUCCAUAUUUAAUAUGGCUUACGGCAAACACAGUCCAAACAGCGAAGCAGGCCCAGAAUACAGGAGUAAGCACAACAUACACAACUCGGAAUGGAAUUAUUUACCAAAGAGCUCAUGUCAUAUCCAUGCUAGAAAUCAGAAUGCGCAGGCAAUGUUUAUUAAGGAAACCAAGCAGAAAAAUGUUGAUUUCUCUGAGGACAUACUUUAUCACGAAGAUUCCAGGGGUGUUUUGAUAUCUGAAAUUUCACACAUGACUGAGCACGGUCACCAAGAGCCUGAAAGUGUAGAUAGCAUGGAAGCUGAAAACAAGAUUGUUAGCUCGCUGUCCUCUGGGAAAGAGCUGAGCAAAUCGGGGCAGAACAUUCAAAGAGGAGCAAAAGUAUCCUUUGUCUUUGAGGAUCACAUUGUCGCUGCUUUUAACCCAAGAAACCUUGGAUAUGAAAGAUUACUGGAUGACAGUCCCAACAAUUUAGACCAACAGGCAUCAAUGUACUUGCCCAACACUGCUGACAUUAGAUGUUCUGACUCACUGUUCUCGUUUCCGGGCAUGGAUGUAGAAAGCAUUGAAGCAAAUGUUGUAUAUGCAAACAUUAAUGACAGUCGAAUAUUUGGAAAUACAGAAGGCCUAGAAGAACCAUUGCUGCAUGACAUCUGUUAUUCAGAGACGACGGACGAUGCUGAGGAUGAUGAUGAGGCGAGCUGUGAGGAAGACAUCCUGGUGGGAGAGGCAGAAAAAACAAACCUGCUGAAUAUGUCUGGCUCCAGUGAUGACAUAAUUGAUUUAACGUCACUUCCUCCGCCCGGGGGUGACGAUGAUGAGGAAGAUGACUUUCUUCUUCACACACUGAAUAUAGCGAUAGCUGCUCCACCGCCUGGUUUCAGAGACAACAGCUCAGAUGAUGAAGAAGAUGGCCAGCAUCAGCCUGCACAACGUACACCAGAGACUGGCCAAACCAGAUGUUCUCCAAGUGAUGACAUCCCUGUGUCGUUGAUUGAUGCUGUCCCUACACAUUCUGAGGAGCAGAGUGGUGAGCAAGCACUGGACGAUGCAGUGGUUUCUACUUUGCAAGCACUGGAGGCGCUGGCUGCUUCUGAGGAGCAGUCCGUUCAACAAACAGAUGACAGUUCAGGUGUAGUGAUAUUAAGAGCUUAUAGUCCUGAGUCAUCAUCGGAUUCUGGCAAUGAAACAAACUCUUCUGAAAUGACUGAAAGCUCUGAGGUAGUCUCAGCACAGAAGCAUUCGGAGGGCUCCAUGCACAUGCUUGUGGCCACCAGUGAAGGCUAUCAGCAACUUCAAGAAGAGCAAACUGAAUUCCCAAUCUCCCAGAAUGAGACUGUAGUGCCUGGAUCUAAAAUGAUCCCAAAAGCCACACAUUCCAUGACCGGGCAACGAGUGAGCAACGCAAAGUCCAAAGUUGUGCCUUCCAAACAAAUUCUUCCCUCCGAGGAAAUCGAAAUGGAGCCAGAGACAAUGGAGACAAAAUCUGUAACCGAUUACUUCAGCAAACUGCAGAUGGGAUCUCUGGGGUACGCUUGCCCAAAUAAACAGAAAAACAAGGCAGGUGAUGUUCGCGGCAAGACAACCUUUGAUGGCAGUGCAUCAUUGAAGAAGCAAAACACAAACAGAAAGGCGGAAUUGGGUGACGACGUAUCAUCCCAAAGCAAAUAUAACACCAUGAUUACAAAAAGCAGUCAUCGCACAACCCCUUUCGAUUUAGAGAGCACCACCUUUCGUAGGGAAACCCAAAGGUGGUAUCAAGCUUCAAACGAAAAGAUGGCUGAUAAGCAUUUCCCAGGCUUAGUCAAUGGCAAACAUUUUCACAAAACCUGUGCACUUUCUAGAAGUGAACUGGAAGGGAAGGGAGCUGAUUCCAAGAUAGAUGAUGGCUGUGCCUUGGCCAGCACCUCAGGGCUUGGACACAAUGACGAUUAUCUCUCUGACACUAAGUACAUGGCUUUAGCCAAAGACCUGAAUGAUCCGGAAAGUGAUGACCUUUUCCCUGACGAUCACUCUUCAGAGCUUCCAGAGGCUGAGCAGAGCAUGGCUACACUGUGUGAAUACCACAUGACAAAACGAAUGUCCUCUUUCCAAAGCGAGGGCCAUUACUCUUUGCAGAGCUCCCAGUGUUCUUCGGUGGAUGCACCCUGCAGCACAGGCAGCAGUAUGUGUGCUACCCCAAUAGAUUCUCCCCACUGUACAUCUGAUAUUAAGCACAUAUUGUCAGAAUCUUCUCUAAAAGGCCUUGGCUACAUUUCAGAAGAUCACCGAACACAUUUGCUUCAAAACCAUGGAACAUCCUAUAAAGAUCUGCAUCCACAAGCUGAAGCUACGUGUCAUAGAAGAACAGCCCUUAACACGUAUGCACCAUCAAAUGCUGAGCCAGUAUUUGGUACCAUACGUGACGGGUGCCAUCGAGUACCCAAGAUUAAAGAAACCACAGCUUGCACAGAGCCUGAGCAAGGAGGAAGAGGAGGUGCAUCUUCAGCUCUCACUAAACAAUUCAAAGCCGACAGCAUUCCUCUGCCAUCAGACAUUUGCAAUGAUACAAAGGUGCCAAGUACAUGCCAAGAGUCCCAUGAUUUUCCCAAAGUAGAACAAGCGCAUGCAACAGCACUUAACUUAAAGGCUUGUGAUGUUAGUGGAGGAAGUUUUAGAGUUCCUCAGAGAAGGAAUGUGCUGAGGCGUUGCAGCAGCAAUGUUACACCUGGAGCGAGAAGCGUAGAAACCUUUUUAGAAAAAUCAAGGAGUUCUGCGGCAUUCCGAUACACUGAUCUCUCUGACGUUCCCAACCCUAAACCUAUACAGAAAAGAAUGGAACUUCCUCUGGGCAAGAGACUAUCAAAGAGUCACUCUCAAGGAUCAGUUAUAACUAGUUCAUCGUGCUGCUCCACUGCUACAGACAGUAAGGAGAUUCGAAGAUCAUCACAGAUCUUUUCAGUACAAAAGGAUUUCAGACCAAUUAAGCCGUUGCCCUUUCCGAAGGUAGAGACAAGUAACUGGAAGUGCCAUGGUCCUUUUACCUAUUGUUUCCUUAACAAAGACACUGAUGUCGAUGAUGAAGACGAUGGUUAUGGCAAGAAGGACCAAUUGUCUCAUUUGUAUCAGAAUCAGGUGUUGUCCAAUUCAUCACAGGUAAUCUGUGCAUCUUUGGGCACUGACAGUGCCAGCAAAGUCAUACAACCCAAUGUGGCUGCUGGAAAGACUGGCAGCAACAUUGAGCAGCAACACACUGACGUCAACUUUAAAGACAUGUCAUUCAAGAGCAAAAUUGCCAGAAUCAAUGCACUAAAGGACAAAGUAUUCACAUUGACAGAUGGAUUUCUUGUUGCUCAGAAAGAUGCCAAUGAACUAUUGUCUCUGCUGCAAUCAACCAUUGGUAAAAAGGAAAAUGCAAAACCAGAACCUUAUGAACUCCGAUUUAACCAAUAUAAACAGUUGUUGUCAAUUGAAUCAAGAGAGUUGGGAAGUGCUUGCAGGAAAAUUGCUGCCGCAGACAAAAGCCCAGAGGAAAUGCUCUCAGCUAUGACUUCUAGCUUCCAAGUACUGUGUUGUUUAACUGAAGCCUGCAUGCGAUUAAUUAAAGUAAUGAACUCCGAAACACAGCAACAGGAAAUUGUUGCUAAGGUAGACGAGGUUGUAAUGAACUAUGUUUGUCUCCUGAAGGCUGCAGAAGCCGCAUCAGAUGCAGCGCCCACUGACCCUAGCGUUAAAGUCUUAGCUCGACAUUCAGUUACCAUGACAGCUAUCGUAAGCACACUAACUCGUUCACUUAAAAUGCUUUUAAACAAAUAAAAUGCAAAUUGUACUUUAAAAAUGUACCCAUGUAAAGCCAUACAUAGAGUUUACUGUAAGCGUGGGUCCAUCACAUGGUCAAUAUGGACUGCUGUAAAAGAAACAUGCUUUUGUGUACAUUAUGUUUUCUAUGACCAGGCUGUGGGAUAUUAAUAUGUUAUACAGCUCAAUGCCCUAGAACAGACAUGUAAGUGAAACUCCUUUCCAAAUGACAAGGAAAUAUAGAAUGCAGUCAGUGGUAUAAAAUUAGUUAUUUUUCAUAUUGGUACCUGUGCUCCAGAAUGGUUUAGCGCCCCAACCAAGUGUGUCAAGACUUCCCCUAAUACUGCCACCAGAGGACUGCGAUACACUUCGAACAGUCACACAUGUGAUACUACAUCACUAUGUAAAUAUUAAAGUAUUAUCUAAAGUUUUAAAUUAUGCUUUUUAACCAACGCAAACAGUAUAAACAAUAAACAA